CCAGUCCUGUCCAGUGCUUUGGCUAACAUUUUUAGCAAGUGGGACCUGCCAGUUUUUACGCUGCCUUUCAAUAUUGCUGUUUGCUUGCACUUGGCUGCCACCGGCCCCUACAAUGAAUUCUUCCCCACUGUGGACUUUCGGCCUACAGGUGUCGUCCCAAACAUGUCCUGGUCUGACGUCGACAUACCACAGUUGCUGAAAGCUGUGCCAGUUGGUGUGGGGCAAGUAUACGGGUGUGAUAAUCCAUGGAGCGGUGGCAUCAUGCUGGUCGGUCUCUUCAUUUCCUCCCCAAUCAUUUGCAUGCACGCUGCUAUUGGAUCAGCAAUGGGGAUGCUUGCAGGGCUAAGCAUUGCUGCACCGUUUAAGACCAUCUAUUUUGGACUGUGGGGCUAUAACUCGGUGCUCGGCUGUAUCGCAGUGGGAGGGAUGUUCUACGCUUUCACCUGGCAGUCCCACCUGCUGGCCAUUGCUUGUGCUUUGAUGUGUGCCUACCUAGGAGCAGCAUUGGCUAAUGUGAUGGCAGUGGUUGGGUUGCCAUCUUGUACUUGGCCGUUCUGCCUGACGACACUCACGUUUGUCCUACUAACCACGAACAAUCCUGGCAUUUACAAACUGCCUCUGUCUAAAGUCACCUAUCCCGAGGCCAACAGAAUCUACUAUCUCAACCUGAAGAAGGAAAAAAAGGAACAGUGUGAUGCCUAA